AUGGACAAUUCCUUCGGCUCGAAGUCCCAGCAGACUAUCCCACCCCUGCAGACGAUGACCACACUUGGUACCUUGCACUGCACGGAUGGCUCUGCAACUGGUGCACCAGUGAAAAUCGAGAUCAGCGGCACCAUUGACAAAGGCUUCUUCCUUGCCGAUAACGAAUGGACGUGUUACAGGCGGAAUUACUUCUCCUGUAUCUGUUCGUACAGCCUGACACCCUACUUUCCGAGUACGACCAUGCACUUCUUGCAGACGAGCAGCCAGCAGAGCUACCAGGUCUAUGGUUUUGCUAUGUGCAUCUCAGCUGUUGUCGCUGACAACGAUGGCCAAGCGAUUGAGCUAGUCCAGCACACCCCGAAGAGAGACAAAGGGCCUAUUGCCCGGCCUGAGAAGGUUCGUCUGAAUCCUAAGCCGCCUCAAGCGAACCACCAUCCCCUCGGAGCGUACAGUCAGGUGGAUACCGGCUUGGUCGGAUCUUCGAGAUACGAGCAGGGCUAUACCAACGUGCAGGGCUCUUAUCCGACUGAACAUACCUUCGAACGCAUUCAAUUCAAACAAGCAACGGCCAACAAUGGGAAACGUCGGGCUGCCCAGCAAUACUACCAUCUGAUGGUUGAGCUGUAUGCAGACAUAGGCACCCAAGGCUCGGAGCAGUUCUUGAAGAUUGCGUAUCGGAAGUCGGCGAAAAUGAUAGUGCGCGGGCGCUCCCCCGGGCAUUAUCAGUCGGAGAGGCGCGGAAGUACAAGCAGCGGUCCAGGCGGGUCGGCCGGGAGCAUUGGCUAUGGGUCAUCUCAGCUCCUGGGUUCGGAAUUCGGGCCUCAGGGCGCCACCAUGCUCUCCAGUGGCUACGGAGGAGGCUAUGACCCGCGAACCAGUCAUUACGGUUCUGGCACCCGCCACCACCACGACCUCCCCAUGGAGCCGAUCAUGUCAGCGGAAGAAGCGAAGGCUCUCAAUGACACGAAAGAGUAUCAAUACUACCCGACCCCCAUUUACGAUGCCAGCCACGAUCCGCGCCAGCCAGUAGAGAUGUUCACUCACAGCCGUGGUGAACACGAUACCGCAACUUCUCACGCUGGCAGUGGACUCGAUCUGGGCUCCAAAGUCAAGUCCGAGUUUGACGGAUCACUGCCCCGUCUCUUCUACCCAGGCCCCCACGCCUUCACAAAAGCCCUCGGUCGAUUUGAAGGCAAAUCUAGUUCUGGGGGGUAUUAUCCGACAAUGAUGCCUCCUUCUUCUGGCCUGAAUAUUACGUGA